UUCGAUGAUUAUUACUCAAGCCCCUUCGUCGCCGCAUUAUAAGUGGAAUUUAGGGUUUUGCUCACUCUUUCAAUCCAACAGCUGAAGAAAAUGGCUCCGAAGAAGGGUGUGAAGCCGGUCGCUGCCAAGAAAAAGGUGGAGAAAGUUGUCAACCCACUCUUCGAGAAGAGACCGAAGCAGUUUGGAAUCGGUGGCGCCCUCCCGCCUAAGAAGGACCUUCACAGGUUUGUGAGAUGGCCCCAAGUCGUGCGGAUUCAGCGCAAAAAGAUGAUCUUGAAGCAGCGCUUGAAGGUGCCGCCGCCGAUUCAUCAAUUUUCUAAAACACUCGACAAGAAUUUGGCAACUAGCCUCUUCAAGAUGCUUCUCAAGUACAGGCCUGAGGAUAGAGCACAAAAGAAAGACAGGCUUUUGAAGAGAGCUCAAGCUGAGGCUGAGGGCAAAACCCCUGAGACCAAGAAGCCAAUUGUGGUCAAGUAUGGUCUGAACCAUGUGACUUACCUGAUUGAGCAGAACAAGGCUCAGUUGGUUGUGAUCGCUCAUGAUGUCGAUCCCAUUGAGUUGGUUGUUUGGCUCCCUGCUUUGUGCAGGAAGAUGGAGAUCCCAUACUGCAUUGUCAAGGGCAAAGCUAGAUUGGGAAGCAUCGUCCACAAGAAAACUGCCUCAGUUUUGUGCUUGACCUCAGUAAAGAAUGAAGACAAGAUGGAAUUCAGCAAAAUCCUUGAGGCUAUCAAGGCCAACUUCAACGACAAAUACGAUGAGACCAGGAAGAAGUGGGGAGGUGGUGUCAUGGGAUCAAAGUCACAGGCCAAGACCAAGGCUAAGGAGAGGGUUCUUGCCAAGGAGGCUGCCCAGAGGAUGACCUAAGUAGUUCUUGUGUCUUUGUUUGCUAAUUAGUUGAUAGUAUCAAAACAGAUAUUUCUUGCAUCUCAUUGUUUCACUAAACAUUAGACAUGAAUUUUGGUUUUUGUUGCUAUGCUACUUUUUACUUAUGAUGGCAGUACUAUUGCAAUAGACUAUUUAUAUGGCA